AUGGAAAACCCGCCCAUCGUCAUUGAUAAUGGCUCUUACGAGAUUAAGUUUGGACCUUCCACUAACAAAGUACCCUUUCGAGCUUUGAAUGCAUUGGCCAAAGAUAAAUUUGGUACGUCGUACUUAUCCAACCACAUCAAAAAUAUCAAGGAUAUCUCCUCAGUUACAUUUAGAAGACCACACGAGCUGGGACAACUGACACUAUGGGAGUUGGAGAGUUGCAUAUGGGAUUAUUGCCUUUUCAAUCCAUCAGAGUUUGAUGGGUUUGAUCUAAAGGAGGGCAAGGGUCAUCAUUUGGUCGCUAGUGAGAGCUGUAUGACUCUGCCAGAACUAAGUAAACACGCGGAUCAAGUGAUAUUUGAAGAGUACGAAUUCGAUAGUCUAUUCAAGUCUCCUGUAGCCGUAUUUGUACCAUUUACCAAGUCAUAUCAAGGCAAAAUGAGAACUAUUUCAGGCAAAGACGAAGAUGCUGACGUUGCUAUUAGCGACCCGGACGACAAAACGUUUACGUCCAAGGAGUCUAUAAAUCAAAUGAACUCGAACAACGAUUAUCACGAUUUCCAACUGGUCAUUGAUUCUGGCUUUGAUUGCACUUGGAUCAUCCCCGUUCUCAAAGGCAUACCGUACUAUAAGGCAGUAAAAAAACUGGACAUUGGGGGGCGUUUUCUAACUGGGCUGUUGAAGGAAACACUAUCAUUUAGACACUACAAUAUGAUGGACGAAACUAUACUCGUUAAUAACAUUAAGGAAAAGUGUCUCUUUGUAAGCCCGGUCUCCUAUUUCGAUAGUUUCAAGUCAAAGAAUAAGCACAUAGUGGAAUACGUACUGCCUGAUUUUCAAACUAGUUUCAUAGGCUACGUGAGGCACCCCAGAGAGGAAGACAGCCCGCUGCCGGCAGAUGCACAGACCAUCGCAUUGACAGACGAGCUGUUCACAAUUCCAGAGACGUUUUUCCAUCCCGAAAUUUCUCAAAUAAUAAAACCGGGCAUCGUAGAGGCAAUACUGGAGAGUCUGUCCAUGCUGCCGGAAAUAGUACGACCCCUCAUGAUAGGAAACAUCGUGUGCACUGGAGGGAACUUCAACCUUCCUAAUUUUUCGCAGCGGCUUGCCAGGGAACUACAGAGGCAACUGCCUACAGACUGGACUUGCCAUGUGUCAGUGCCAGAGGGCGACUGCACACUUUUCGGCUGGGAAGUGAUGUCGCAGUUUACAGAGACCGAGUCCUACCGGAGAGCCAGGGUCACGAGGGAAGAAUAUUACGAGCACGGUCCUGACUGGUGCACUAAGCACAGGUUCGGCUACCAAAACUGGAUAUAG